AUGGCUUCGACCUCGCACAGUAGAGCAUCACUAAACUCUGCGAUAGCUUGCCUCCAGUGCCAAUUGCGGUCCCGGCCCAUACGAGCCCGAGCCCUUCGAUCACGAGUCGACGACCACGUACGGACCUUCUCCGCGCAGCCGGUUCUUCGACGAGUAGAAGAACCGGUACGGUUCACCUUUCACGCCGCCUCCUCGUUCUCGGCCAAGUACAAGAAAUUCGAUCCGCAGGCCAAUACUUUCCACUUCAACCCGUACAACCGCAUACAGACCGAGAAGAAGAGACCGAAGUCAAAACGGCUGGCCAGUGGCCAGGAUGCCUUCUUCAUAAGCCGCGUGGGCGACACUAAUGCUAUCGCCUUCGGUAUAGCUGACGGCGUCGGGGGUUGGGAAGAGAGCGGUGUUGACCCUGCCGACUUUUCGCAUAGCUUUUGCGACUACAUGGCCUCAGCUGCCUACGAACACCAGCCGGCCCCGAGCGAAUCCCCGAUUACGGCUAGGUCACUGAUGCAGAGGGGUUACGACGAUGUUUGCAAAGACAAGAGUAUACACGCUGGAGGAAGCACGGCGUGUGUUGCUAUUGCAAGUGAGUCUGGGCAGCUGGAGGUAGCAAAUCUGGGCGACUCGGGCUUUGUACAGCUGCGACAGAAUGGUGUCCACCACUAUUCGGAACCACAGACGCAUGCGUUUAACACGCCGUACCAGCUGUCGAUUGUACCAACAAGCAUGUUGGCGCGCGCGGCAGCGUUUGGGGGUGCGCAACUAUGCGACCAUCCCAAGGAUGCCGACGUCACCCAGCAUAACCUCAAGCACGGCGAUAUUCUCGUCUUUGCCAGUGACGGAGUGUGGGACAACCUUUUUAACCAACACAUAUUACGCAUAGCAAGCCGCCUGAUGAUCGGAACUGGCGCUUGGAAGCCCAGUGCCAACGGCAUUGUCGUCGACGACCUACAACCGUACACCCAAGCUGAAGACACUCCUCAAGGACCAGUGUCGUUGCAGAGCGCGCUGGCGACCGCGAUAGCUGCCGAAGCAAAGACGGCGAGCACCAACCAGCGAGUGGACGGACCAUUCGCGAAAGAGGUGCAGAAGUACUAUCCGCAGGAGAACUGGCACGGCGGCAAGAUCGACGACAUCUGCGUGAUUGUCGUGGUCGUAGAAGGAAACGGGAAGCAAGGACUGUUGAGAAGUAAACUAUAG